AUGGGAGCAGAAUAUGAUAUGACCAAUCUAGGAAGGCUCAACUACUUUCUUGGCUUGGAAUUUACUAAAACAAGUGGAGUUUUCCUACAUCAGAAGAGGUAUAUCAGUGAAGUUUUGAAGCGUUUUAAUAUGGUGGAUUGUAACAGCACAACUAUUCCUGUGAUUGUUAAUCUAAAGUUGACAAAGCAAUUACAUGAGAGAAAUGUGGAUGCAUCGUUGUAUAAACGGAUCGUUGGAUCAUUGAGAUACGUCUGCAACAGUAGACCGGACAUAAGCUACGGGGUAGGAAUAUUAAGCAGAUUCAUGAAUGAACCCAGACAAUCCCAUAUGUCAGCAGCUAAGCACAUUUUAAGAUACCUAAAAGGAAUGAUUCACUAUGGAGAAUGCACUGGAGGUCUGGAGUGA